CUCAAAUUAAUUAUUAGACAAAUUUCAUUCAUUGACUCAAUAUCAAUCCUUCUUCGCUAAGAAAAGAUAUCUAUUCCUAUUCUAGAUUUUAUCAAAUUUUAUAAUUUAUUCUUUCUUUUUAAUUAUUUUUCUCUGCAUUUUUAACCGCUAAGUCUAGCUUUCGCGGAGGAGUUUUCCUUGGAAACAAACCGAAUGGGGCAACAGCAAUCCAAGGACGAGUUGCUGUAUCAACAAGUGAAUUAUGGAAACGUCGAAGGCAUCAAAGCUCUUGCCAGAGACGGCGCAGGCUUAGAGUGGAUCGAUAAAGAAUGUAAAACUCCAUUGAUCGUGGCUUGUAUGAACCCUGAGCUUUAUAAUGUGGCGAAAACUUUGAUUGAGCUUGGAGCUAAUGUUAAUGCUUAUCGUCCUGGUCGUCAUGGUGGGACUCCUUUACAUCAUGCGGUGAAAAGAGGCCUUGAAAGUACUGUUAAAUUACUUCUUUCAAAUGGAGCAAAUGCAUUACUUAUGAAUGAUGACUGUCAAAGUCCUCUUGAAGUUGCUAGGGGAAAAGGGUACAUCAAUGUUGUACAUGCAAUUGAGAGUCAUAUCUGCUUAUUCUCUGGUUGGUUGCGGGAGUUCUAUGGGCCAGGAUUUCUGGAAAUACUUGUUCCUCAGUUGCUUUCAAGAAAUGUAUGGGUUGUCAUUUAUCCUACUGGUUCUCGCAAUCCCACCAAGCCUUUCAGGUUGGAGCUCGCCAUAUAUCCUAGUUUGCAGGAUCCCCAACCACGGACAGUUAUUGCAUUAUGGAAAGCCAAUUUGGAAGGACCAAAGUUUCAUCAGUCUGAUCCUUCAGUGAUAAUUGUUGAUAACUCCAACAUCCCAAGAGGUAGGAGACGGAGACGAAGGUGUAGGCCUCAAACACUUAGGCAAACACGUCUUAAACUUGCACCUGCAAACGAAAGUGACAAGCAGCAACUUCAGCGCUUUUGUGAUGCAUGCAAAGGAAUACCACAGGUGAGCCCCACAUUUCUGCAUAAUUCUGAGACUCCUGUUGUUCAAGCAACUGCUCCACCACAUUCAGAAGACAUGGAAUUAGCAAUGGCAAUCAAUGCCUCCAUCCAGUCAGCUAUUGGAGAGACACCAAAUUUUGAUCCCCACCCCAGUAACGGAGCAAGUUCAUCCACCAAUUGGAAUAACAGUAUGAAUGCUAAUACUCAAAAUGGUCUGGUUACACCAGUGACUCCUUUCCCUCAAAAAGCAAGUGGUGAUCAAUGGGCAAAACAUGAAGCCAGCUCUAGUAGCAACUUAUCUCAGCAGGCCCAUAACCAGAAUAAUAACAUGCCUGUUACCCAGACAUUUCAUGUCCCUGAUGCAAACCCGUCAGCUCCUCCAGUUACAGAUGAGAUUAUAGAAGAUGGUCCAAUCCAAUACCCAUCUAUUGACUUAGGUCCUGUUGACAUAUCUUCCCCCCCGGUUGAAGAAUUGCCUGCAAGCAAAAGUGAAACGAAAGAAGAUAAAGAAGGUGGAUCAUGUGUGAUAUGUUUGGAUGCUCCAGUUGAGGGGGUUUGUGUACCUUGUGGUCACAUGGCUGGAUGUAUGUCUUGUUUGAAUCAGGUCAAAGCCAAAAAAUGGGGUUGCCCUGUUUGCCGUGCCAAAAUUAACCAGGUUGUGAGGCUAUAUGCUGUUUGACCGUAAAAGCAGAAUCUUGUGACUUGGUAAUGGCAAACACAAGAUCAGAGGACAAGAGGAUGCCUUUUAUCAUUAAUAGGCGGCUGUAAUCAAGGAAAAAGAAAAUGUAAAGUAUGACAAGUAAUCUCUCGAUUUUAAAAACUUUAUAGUUGUAUGGUGUGUCAUAAACUGGAACUUCAGCUGGUAAGGUUGAAGCAUGAUUGAAAUCAACAUAUGUAAUUAGUACUGUACAAGCUUCUUUCGUAUAGUUGUUAAUGGAAAUACCUGAAUUGAAAUAAUUGAGAAUUGGAUAUAGCACAUAUAACACAUCACAUUUCUAUC